UCUGCUAACAAUUUUUUUGUAAACUUCAUCUUCAGAUAAAAAUUAUGUGUGGUAUUUGGGCUGUAUUCGGGUGUCCAAGCAAGGCUCUCCUCUCCAAAUGCCUCCCGGAUGUUCUCAAAAUCAGACAUCGAGGCCCCGACGCAUUCAGCAUGCUCAGUGUGGGUGAACUUGAAAACUGCCUGCUAGGUUUCGUCCGACUGUCAAUCGUGGAUCCCUUACACGGAAUGCAACCCCUGAAAUUGAAGAAGCAUGAACACCUUUUCUUAGUGUUCAAUGGCGAGAUUUAUAACUACCUGCACUUAAAAGAGCAGUUUGGGUUCGAAUUUGAGACUAAUUGUGACACGGAAGUUAUUUUGCACCUCUACGCAAUAGGCGGAAUUGAGUUCUGUGUGCAACAUCUUCAUGGAGUGUUUGCCUUCAUCUUGGCAGAUGUAAUCAACAACAAAGUGUUCUUCGCCAGAGACACUUUUGGGGUGCGACCUCUCUUCUCCCUCGAACAACUGCAGGGAUCAGAGUGGCCUGGAUUCACAGUUGUGGGGUCAGAGGUCAAGUCACUGAUGACCGCUCAUAGGAGUUGUCCUGAAGGCACUGCUACUGUCAAGAUACAUCUUCCGGGCCAUUUUUCCGAGUAUGACCUCUGUCCCAAAUCUGGAUCUGUCCACCUUGUUAGAAGUGAGCGCUUCCAUGAAGUCUGGGCCAAGCCAGUCUAUGCUGUUAGAGAAACCACACCUGAAAUGACUUCUCUUGAGAGAGUGCGACACACUCUGACAAAUGCGGUUGAUGUGAGAAUGAUGGCCGAUUGCAAACUGGGCUGUCUGUUGUCCGGGGGUCUGGACUCCAGUCUGAUUUGUGCCCUGGUGAAGCAGAAGAUGCCAGAGUGGGGGUGUAACUAUCCUCUGGAGACAUUCGCCAUUGGUCUUGAUGCCAAGAGUAGUGACUUAGUCGCGGCUCAGAUGGUGGCAGAUCACAUUGGAUCCACACAUCACAACAUUAUACACACUGCUGAGGAGUUCCUAUCAUGCAUAGAUGACCUCAUCUAUCAA